CUCAAAUAAUUCAACUCAAAUAAUUCAGCUCAACUCAAAUAAUUUGUAUUGUAACAGCUUUAAGGAAAGAGAAGUUUUUAUAGGACACUCAUCCCGGGGCAGGAGCACCAACACUGAUCCAGCAGCAGUGGAAACAGACUCUGCGGUUCUGUCAUUUGAAAACGAUCGUACUGUAGGCCGGCAUACAGCAGUCCAACAUCAGAGAGACGAGUUACUCCAGAGUGUCUCCGGAGCUCCUGCCCCGGGCAUUUCUGUGCCAACAGUCACGAUGAGAAGAAAGAAAGUCAAGAAGAACAUCAAGCGCUUUAAGGCCAGAAGAUUCUUGGAGUUUUUGAAGAAUGAAGAGAAGCUGUGGAUAAACAAAGAUAAAAAUGGCAUCAUCAAUAUUUUUGAUUUGAGUGUGAAGAAUGAAGCUUUAAAAAAAAUACAGGAACUAAUUGGUUUAUAUUUGUCAACGUGUUGUUUAAAUAAUCAUAUUCUCUUUCUUAAAAAAAUUUUUUUUCCCGUCAAUCAAACUAUGUCUUUAAAAAUUUUAUACUUUAUAAAGCACUUUAAAAUUGAUAAAAUGGUUGAUUUAGACAGACAGUUUGCCUUUGCAGUGAUUGAAUUAAGAAAGGGACAACCUAUAUUAAUUGGACCCUUUAAACCAGAAACUGUUGGUCAGAAUACACAACAUCCUGACAGACAACACAGUGAACAUAAAUGCAUACAACAUAUAUAUGAGUAUUUUAAGAAUAUAAAAUAUAAUAGAAAGAUUAAAGCUGUACACAUUUUUACAAAAUUAAAUCCUUGUUCUGGCAUAAAAGGAAAUUGUGAUCCUUGUAUGAUCAAGUUAGCUCGUUUGUCUGAAGAAAUGUAUAAAUAUAAUAUAGAUAUGUACAUUACCUUCCAGGACAUUUAUGGUAUAACAGGACACAUAGUAAAAACACUAAGGAAACUAAGUGAUAAAGACCCUUUAAAUGAAAACAUAUUUAAAUUUAAAAAAAUAGUUUACAAACAAUAUCCUAAAUCAAAAUUUAAAUGUGUCCUAGGAGACAAAGAGCAAAAUUUUAUUAAAAAUGAUAUCUUACAAGCAAUUAAGAAAUUAAUUCCAGAAACAGACAUUAAGUUAAAAAUUGAAUUUACCAGAAAUAAAAUGAAAUCAGAUGAGUUGAAGAGUUUUAGAAAAGAGCAGACUGAUAAUAUAAAGAAACAACUAACAAAACUGAAUGUUAGUGAGGAAAUUAUUAAAGAAAUUUGUUCACUUUUUUAUUCUAAGUGGUGUGAUCUAGUUAAUGAAAAAUAUGAAGAGUUUAUCUAUGAGAAGCUCAGUGAUCACAUUAACAGCUUUGCUGUUAGAUUCAUUUAUGAAAAUAUAAAAUGCUUUAUUAAACAUUUUAAUCUGGAAAGAGUAAAUUUAUCUUUAAAAACAAACUUUCAAAUUUCAGUUCAGGAUAAUUAGUUCAGGAUAAAAACUUGUUGUAAUGUUGUGUUGUGCAGAGGAUCAUGUGUCUCCUUCAUUUGUAUUAGUGACAGUGAGAGUAUUUCUCUGUAAUCGUCUUUAUAAAUCCACCUGAUAAAGACGAGAUGUUUCCAUCUAAAGACACUGACAAACUGGUGAUUCUCCAUCUCACUGCCUGUUAGAAAACAUCUGUUCAAUGUCAUUCUCAACAAAUACAUUUAUUCAAUAAAUCUAUUUCCUUUCA